UAUCCUUUGCCUCUCUCUCUCUCUCUCUUUCUCCUUCACUUUACAGAAGGGACCAAAACAAGAGACAAGACAGACAUCAAGGACUUGUUUUUUUAGUUUUUUUGGUUUGUUCAAAACCUGCAUGAAAUACCUUUACAAUGGAGGAGGACAGUUUUGUUGAUAGUUUGACGACAUAUGAUGGGAUCUAUGAGGGAGAAGACACUUAUCACCGCUGCCGACGCUCUUGCCACCACCGCUGCCGUUUCUUGGCACCGGCCAAGUCCAACAAUAGAGCAUUGAGUCCAGCCACAACAGUUCAUGAGCUUCUUGAAUGCCCUGUCUGCUCAAAGUCCAUGUUCCCACCAAUCCACCAGUGCCCUAAUGGUCACAUUCUUUGCUCAAUCUGCAAGUUGACAGUGAACCGGUGCCCGGCGUGUCUAGAAAAACUCGGAGACAUUCGAUGUCUGGCGUUGGAGAAGGUGGCAGAGUCACUAGAACUUCCAAGCAAGUAUUGUUCUUUGGGGUGCAUGGAGAUCUUCCCUUACUACAUCAAACUCAGGCAUGAGGCUCACUGCAACUACAGACCAUACAGUUGCCCUUAUCCUGGAUGUGAUGAGUGCUCAGAGGUUGGGGAUGUUCCUUUUUUGGUUGACCAUCUGAGAGAAGAUCACAAGGUUGACUUACACAUUGGGCCAACGUUUAAUCACCUCUAUGUUAAGUCGAAUAGCCUCGAAGUGGAGUGUGCAGCAAGGAUGCUAAUGGUGUUUAACUGUUACAACAAGUACUUCUGUCUGCACUUUGAAGCCUUCCACCUCGGCAUAGCUCCGGUCUACAUUGCAUUCCUUCGCUUCAUGGGCGACGCAGCUGAGGCACGAAGCUUCAGCUACAGACUGGAGGUGGGCAACAACGGCAGGAAACUAAUAUGGGAAGGAACCCCUCGGAGCAUCCGUGACAGCCAUCAGAAGGUCAGGAAUAACCAUGACGGUCUCAUAAUCCAGCAUAACAUGGCACUGUUUUUCUCGGGUGGAGACAGGAAGGAGCUCAAGCUUCGGAUCUCUGGCCGGAUUUGGAAGGACAACAGCAACUAGAUGGAGGGGGUGCGCGCACCCAAUCUAUGCAGCUGGUGGCAUCUGGAGCCCUUUGCUCUUAUUCUCAAUGCUCACUUGUCCGUCUGUUUGUGUCAAAUUUUGGCGUCGUUUCGUUUUCUUACCUUGA